AUGUCUUCAACAGCGAUUUUGAAGCCGAGUCCGGCACCUUCGCGCUUCGUCGCUCCCACCACACCUUUACGCCCCUCGUCAGCACCCUCGACACCACAAAAGUCACAGCAACCACCCACAAAGGUCGAGACUCCUGGAACCUGGCGUCACCCCAACAUGGACGACAUCAAUCGUCGCAAGAACGCCUCGACCUUUACCUCAGACAACGCCCAUACCAUAGUAGUCAAUGUCGUUGCUCUGUUGGUCUUCUUGCUUGCCCCAGCCAUGCUCUCUGACUACACUCCCACAGCAUUGACUGCCUCCCUCAAAUCCAUGGACCCAUACGCAACCUGGGCUUCCAUUCUCCUCCGCUGCAUCCCAGUCAUAAACAUCUCACUCGCCCUCAUGCCACUCUUCCGCCCUACCGACGAAAUGACAGAUAUCCCCCUGACCAGAGAACAACGCCAACUCCUCGGCUUGACUCCCCAGAACGUUCCUUUACCUGCUGGCUCCCCUGGCUACGUUACUCCGCCAAGAUACUCGCGCGCUUCUACACCACGUUCCAGUGCUCAGAAACACGCCUCGGCUUCUCCCAUGUCGCAUAAGGCUAGCCCUUCUUCGUUUGAUCAAAGCACUUUGGGUGUCAGCAAGGGUCCUUCUGGCAGCNCCUUUUCUGUUAGUCCUCUGAUGCAGAAGGCGGUGGGAGGUGCUACGGCCGCAAGAACAUCUUCACUCUUGGACAGUAGCUUGGGAAGCAGCUCAUCAGGUCUGGCCACUGGAAAGGCAACUGUAUCGCUGAACAGCAAGUGGUUGUACGAGAGAGGAAAGGGUAGUCCCAAUGGUGGAAGAGCCGUCUUCUCGUGA